AGCUCCAGCUCCAGCUCCAGCUCCCGUUUUUGCGCCGGAGCCUCCUUCCUCCUUCCUCCUCCUCCUCAACCUUGAAUCUUGCAUGGUUGAUUUGACUCCAAGAACUAUUUGUGGUUCAAUUUUGCUGUUUAUGAUACCCCAACCAACCCUUCCUGAUAUCCAUCCAUACAUCUGUCAUCCAUCGCUUUAAAAGGGUUACCCGUAGCGUAGCUAAUUGGCUUGUCUGCCCUCUGCGAAGCCCUAUAACAUAAACCCCCCCGCCUCUGUCUUCAAUACGGAGUACAUACAAUAAUAUCUAUAUAAACGACUCAGAAGACGACCCCGAAUUUUCGUAUUCUAUCUCCCCCGAAAAGACCAAACCUCUUCUACGAAACCAUGUCAGCCACUCUACCCGGAUCCCAGUCGCAAUCGCGGUUGCAGCAGUCCCGCGAUCAGUCACUGGACACUCUGACGGCCAUGGUCAACCAGACACUCAUCGAGACAGGCCGUUUCUUCCGGUCAUCGGGCUCCACCAUGCAAUCGCGCACGCAGCUCAAACGCACCCUGCCCCUCGCCCACGAACACUUCCAGCAGGCUUUGGAUGACUUGUCGGAGCAGAUUUAUAUCGCCAAAGCAUUCCUCGAGCGCGACUAUGACGCCGCCCUUCGACGCAAGUCUCUCCUGAGGCUGAAGAGUGGUGCGUUGGGAGAUGAGAAUAGUAAUAAUAAUGCUGCUGCUGCUACUAUGCAUGCGGCAAAGGAUGAGGGAAUGGCGAGUAAUGAUAUUGUGACGUCGCAGGCUCCGGCUUCUACUACUGCUACUGCUGCUGCCCCUUCCAAGCAGCAGGAACAGUCUUCUGCGGCUGUUCAAAUGCAGCCGCAAAAGCGAAAUCAAACUCAGAAUCAGCAACAAGUGUCGUCGAACGGGUCGAAGGCCGGGGGCCGUCUGGGGGAGCAGCCGUCGUCGUCUGCGUCUGCGCCACCACCUCUCCCCGCUACAACCACAGCCGCCCACCCCCACCCCCAUCCCGCCAUGGACUCAAUGACCUUCGACUCACUCUUCCCGCCCACUUCCACUCCCGCAGAUAACAAUAACAACAGCAAUGCCAAAAACAACCUCGACAUCCCCCUAUCCUUCACCGCCGACGACCUCACCACCAUCAACAAUAACGACGACGAAGCUGAGAACCAGGCUUUUCUGGGGCUUGGUACCAACAACAACAACAACACUAACAAUACCGAUAAUGAUAAUAAUAAUCACCCCAACCCGAACCCAGACCCGAACCCCAAUUCCAGCACUACUCCUAAGAAUAACAAUAAUAAUAAUAAUAAUACUCCACCCCCCAGCAACCCCCUCUUGUCCCUCUUACCCGGCCUAGAAAGCUACGCCAGCGCCGUCUCGGUAGAUGAGUUUGGUUUUGAGGGGUUAGGCGGUGGCGUUGGCGUUGGCGCCGCUGAUACCGCUGGUGCGGGUGCCUUACACCAACACCACCAGACGCAAAAUCAGAACCAGGACAUCGACAAUAACACCUUCUUCAUGAACAUGAACAUGGGUAUGGGUAUGGGUAUGGGUAUGGGCAUGAAUAUGGGCAUGAAUAUGCCGCAUGCGGGUUCAACAGCAGCAGGAGGAGGAGGAGGAGGGAUGGACAUCAACAUGGACGACCUGCCGCCGCCGACACACGCGGAGGGAGCGAGUUUUGAUGAUUUGUUUGUGGGUGGUGGAGAUGGGGGUAGGGAUGGGGGCGGCGGCGGCGACGGCGGCGGGGGUGGACAUGCGGGCGACUUUUUGGGGGAUGUGGAGAUUGGGGAGUUGGAUGAUUCGUGGUUGAAGUGAUGGUGUCUAUGGUGGGAUAUAUGAUAUGGGUAUGGUAGUCUUUGGAGGGAGGUGCUGGUGCGGGGUUUGUAUGGGGAUGGAGGAUGGGGGAGGGGAGAGAAAAACAGGGGCUUAUAUAUAUAUAUGUGUGUGUGUGUGUGUGAGUGUAUAUAUAUACCCGAUGCAUGGAAAUGACAAAAAGAAAACAAUGAGAUCUAUUUUCACAACUCCUUGUCAUUAUUUCAUAUUAUGUUUCAUAUAGUUGCAAUCCCAUAAUUUGUCAAAUUAAAUAUAAAAUAAAAUAAAACUAACCCACAACAACAAC